AUGCGCCGGUCCCACUGCUCCUACGAGCAGCAUGCGGAGCAGGAGCGCUGUGUCAACGAGCGACCCCAACAGCCUUCGUCUUCGCGCUGUCGGCUGGAACGUUCUCACUGGAAGCACCUCACCUUCACCCCAACCCUCCCUCCUGCUCCCACACUAACCCUGGUCUUGUCUCGGUCCACAGUGUUCACGCUCUGCUUUCCUGUGGUGUUCUUCGUGGGGCUGCUGCCGCAGGUCAACACCUUCCUCAUGUACCUGUUUGAGCAGCUGGACAUCCACGUGUUUGGGGGAAACGCCUCCACCAGUCUCCUGUCAGCUCUCUACAGCGUGCUCCGCAGUGGCGUAACCGUGGCGCUGCUGUACGGCCUUUGCUACGGAGCCCUGAAGGAGACAUGGGAGCCCCAGCACAUCCCGGUGUUGUUCUCGGUGUUCUGCGGCCUCCUGGUGGCCGUCUCCUAUCACCUCAGCCGCCAAAGCAGCGACCCCUCCGUCCUCAUCUCACUGGUGCAGUCCAAGAUUCUCCCCAACCUGAAAGACAAGAACCCGGAAGACCCUCUAUCUGAGGUCCAGGACCCUCUUCCAGAGAAGCUGAAGGCCUCGCUGAACGAGCGUCUCCAGUCAGACCUGAUUGUGUGCGUGGUCAUCGCUGUGCUCUACUUUGCCAUCCAUGUCAGCACAGUGUUCAUAGCGCUGCAGCCUUUCCUCAGCUACGUCCUCUACGGCCUACUGGGGGCUGUGGGCCUCCUCACUCACUACCUGCUGCCACAGGCCCGCAAGCAGCUGCCCUGGUACUGCUUCUCACACCCCCUGCUCAAAACCAAGGAGUACUACCAGUUCGAGGUCAGGGGUGCAGCCCAUGUGAUGUGGUUUGAGAAGCUGCAGGUGUGGCUGCUGUUCCUGGAGAAGAACGUCCUGUACCCCCUGGUCAUCCUGAACGAGCUGAGCGGCAGUGCCCAGGAGCUGGCCAGCCCUCGCAAGCUGGACACUGAGGUGGGAGCUCUGAUGAUCACCGUGGCGGGGCUGAAGCUGCUGCGGUCGUCCUACAGCAGCCCCACCUACCAGUACGUGACCGUCCUCUUCACUGUCCUCUUCUUCACCUUCGACUACCGCCACCUCUCCGAGACCCUGCUGCUGGACCUCUUCCUCAUGUCUGUCGUCUUCAGCAAGCUGUGGGAGCUGUUCUACAAGCUGCGUUUUGUCUACACCUACAUCGCUCCCUGGCAGAUCACCUGGGGCUCCGCCUUCCACGCCUUCGCCCAGCCCUUCGCCGUGCCUCACUCUGCCAUGCUGUUCGUUCAGGCCCUGGUGUCUGCGGUGUUCUCCACGCCUCUCAACCCCUUCCUGGGCAGUGCCAUCUUCAUCACCUCCUACGUCCGCCCCGUCAAGUUCUGGGAGAGGGACUACAACACCAAGAGAGUCGACCACUCCAACACUCGCCUGGCCUCCCAGCUGGAUCGCAACCCAGGCUCUGACGACAACAACCUGAACUCCAUCUUCUACGAGCACCUGACGCGCUCGCUGCAGCACAGCCUGAGCGGGGACCUGCUGCUGGGCCGCUGGGGGAACUACACCACCGGGGACUGCUUCAUCCUGGCCUCCGACUACCUCAACGCCCUGGUGCACAUCAUCGAGACGGGCAACGGCCUGGUCACCUUCCAGCUCCGAGGCCUGGAGUUCAGGGGUACGUACUGCCAGCAGAGGGAGGUGGAGGCCAUCACGGAGGGCGUGGAGGAGGACGAGGCGUGCUGUUGCUGUGAGCCCGGCCACAUGCCCCACCUGCUGUCCUUCAACGCGGCCUUCGGCCAGCGCUGGCUGGCCUGGGAGGUCCUGGUCACCAAGUACGUCCUGGAAGGAUACAGCAUCACAGACAACAGCGCCGCCUCAAUGCUCCAGGUGUUCGACCUGCGACGCAUCCUCACCACCUACUACGUCAAGGGCAUCAUAUACUACGUGCUGGCGUCACCCAGGCUGGAGGACUGGCUGGCCAACGAGAGUGUGAGGGAGGGCCUGCGGGGCUGCGGAGAGCGCAACUACGUGGACCUGGACCCCACCUUCAACCCCAACAUCGACGAGGACUACGACCACCGGCUGGCAGGCAUCUCCAGGGACAGCUUCUGUGUGGUGUACCUCGCCUGGAUCCAGUACUGCAACUCAAGGAGAGCCAAGCCGCUGGACAGUGAGAAGGACUCAUCUCUGGUGCUGCUGUGCUUCGGUCUCUGUGUGCUGGGCAGGAGGGCCCUGGGAACCGCAGCCCACCACAUGUCCAGUAACUUGGAGUCCUUCCUGUACGGCCUGCAUGCGCUCUUCAAGGGAGACUUCCGCAUCUCCUCGGUGAGGGACGAGUGGAUCUUUGCAGAUAUGGAACUCCUGAGGAAGGUGGUGGUUCCUGGGAUCCGCAUGUCCCUCAAGCUGCACCAGGAUCACUUCACGUCCCCAGACGAGUACGAGGAGCCGGCGGUGUUGUUCCAGGCCAUCACGUCCCACCAGCAGAACCUGGUCAUCGCCCACGAGGGCGACCCGGCGUGGCGCAGCGCCGUGCUGUCCAACUCGCCCUCGCUGCUGGCACUGAGACACGUCCUGGACGAGGGCACCAACGAGUACAAGAUCAUCAUGCUCAACAGACGGUUCCUCAGCUUCAGGGUCAUCAAGGUAAAUAAGGAGUGUGUGCGGGGGCUGUGGGCGGGCCAGCAGCAGGAGCUGGUGUUUUUGAGGAACAGGAACCCGGAGCGUGGAAGCAUCCAGAACGCCAAGCAGGCGCUGCGGAACAUGAUCAACUCAUCGUGCGACCAGCCCAUCGGCUACCCCAUCUACGUGUCCCCGCUUACCACCUCCUACUGCAACUCUCACCCCCAGCUGGGACAUGUGCUGGGGGGGCCCAUCAGCGGCGGAAACAUCCGGAACUUCAUUGUCAACACCUGGCACAGGCUGCGUAAGGGCUGCGGCGCGGGCUGUAACAGCGGGGGGAACAUUGAGGACUCAGAAGCAGGGGGCCUGUCAUGCGCCAGCGGGAACGGGACGGGGGUGAGUGACUCCCAGCAGAGCUCCAUGUCCCAAGGAGGGGGGUCCGGACCGGCCCCUCCCCUGGCCUACCAGCCACACUCCCUGGGCACCAGUCAGAGCUCCCAGUCGGUGCAGUCUGGCCUGGUGCGCCAGUCCCCAGCCCGCGCCUCCGUGGCCAGCCAGUCGUCCUCCUACCGCUACAGCAGCAGCCGCCACUCGUCGCUCCGCACCUCCGCCACGGGCCUGGAGCCCUGCCGGCGCUCCUCCACCAGCCAGCUGUCCCUGCGCACGCUGCCCACCUCCCUGCAGCUGCGCCUGGGCCCCGGCCCCGACCCGGCCGGGCCCUCCGCCUCUCUCUCCAGCCACAGCAUCCCGCCCUGCAAGCGCCACACCCUGGUGGGACUGCUGGGGAGCGACGGGCUGGGCAGCGCCGUGGGAGACCCCCUCAGCCAGCACCCCCACCCCCACCAGCACAACCCCACCCUCUCCUCUGUGCGCAGGGAGGAUAUCUCCUAUAGGGUGCAGAUCAUGGACGUGAACCAGGUUCUGGAGAACAUCAACCUGUCGAAGCGUAAGGAGCUGCAGUGGCCUGACGAAACCAUGAGGCUGAGGGCAGGAAGGACCUGCUGGAGGGACUGGAGCCCCCUGGAGGGCAUGGAGGGACAUGUUAUUCACCGGUGGGUGCCUUGCAGCCGGGAACCAGCCGGCCGCUCCCAUAUCGACAAGACCAUCCUGCUGGUCCAGGUGGAAGACAAGCUGGUGCCCAUCAUUGAGACUGGGGUCAUAGAGCUGGGAGCAGAGGUGUGACUCGCCUCAUCCUCCAGAUUGGAAACUUAUCCAGGGCUGCUGGCUGGGAGCAGGACAGCGCCACCUGCAGGCCAGCAGGAAACAGGAGGAGUCCCCCCCUCCUCGUUUCCUGUUUUCAGAGGGGGACAGGAAGCCAGGGAAAAGUGCAAGUAGAGGCAGUCACUCAUGAAAAGACAGUCGUUCUACAUCUGUCUGCCUUGCUCUGCGUGUCUCGCACAAUGCUGCAUGACAGCUUACCCUUUUAGGUUGAGCAUUGCCACUGGUCAAUAUUCUUUUCUAUGCAUUUCUUUUUAUCAUGUUGACAGAUGAACACAGGCAUGUGUACACACAGACUUGCAAAAUGUUUAAUCAAACUCGGAACAAGUUUGAUGCCUGAUCCUGACAGAUCUGAGUGUAAACUGCAAAGAUUUUUUUGAGUUUUGUUGUUGUUUUGUCUUGAAUUAACUUGCCAAAAAAACCUGGCAUUGAG